GCGGCCGACGGCGGACCUGGAGGCGCCGAUGCGGGCUGGUCGGCUUGGGCAGAUUGGCAACAAGGGAUGGAUCCAGAAAACAUAAUGCACAUGUUAAUUGCAUAUUGUGAUCCCUCCAAACCAAAUGAGCCCAUCACCGAGGAUUCGACAGAUGUUCAACCAGACAAAAACUCAAAAGAGGCCGGUGAUAGUUAUCUUUGCAACCCAAUCCCGGAGAAUGAGCACGUUGGUAUUGAUGAGGAGAAAAUGUAUUUGGAGAAUGAGAAAGACAAAGCCAAUGUUCCCGAGGAUGGGAGCGAGGAUGGGAGCGAGGAUGAGAGUGAGGAUGGGAGUGAGGAUGAGAGCGAGGACGGGAGCGAGGAUGAGAGCGAGGAGGAGCCUGAAUUAGAGGAGGAGUUGCAUGAGCCAGAUCAUGCCCCAAAUACAGAGUAUGACCAGCAAGACCCUCCAAUGACUGUAGGAUCCACAUAUCCCAAUAUGGGCAUCAUUGGCACAACUGUAAGAAGGGUAACCCUGAUGACAUUGCUGCAAUGUUGGCUAUUAGAGAACCACCAAAGAAGAGGGCAAAGACUAGCAAAACUGCCCUGUCCAUUGUGCCUUACGAGGAUGGAGCACCAACAAGGAUGCUUUUUCCACCACCAAGCCAAAACUUAGAAACUACAACUAAGAAAAAGAGAGAACAUGACAAUAUCGGAG